AUGGACCCAAACUCGACAAUGGACCAGUUUGUUUCUGGAUUCUAUAAUGAUUUCUCAACAAAACCUUUACAGAGUGACAAUUUGAGCAAUAAUCUAGCCAAUGACGACGAACUAGCUAUUACUCCAAAUUCAAUAUUAAAGCCGCCGCCGCAGGAUCAAACCUCACUUUUAUCGCACAAUUUCAAUGCAAAUAAGGACGUCAAUGUUGACUAUACACAGCUAUAUCCACAGCUACAGCAAAGUACUACCACAUCGGGACUACCGUUUGAUAUGCAUAAUAUGGAUUUUGACCUUAAUUUGAAUUCACUGACCUUGAUGCAAGAUCAAGAGAUUAGCGAGGAAAAGUACUUUACAAAGAACUUUACAAAGAACUUUGACACCACCCAGCUCCAACCGCUGCUUCUGCUACAGCAGCAGCAGCAGCAACAGCAGCAGCAGCUACAGGAGCGGCAACAGGAGCGGCAACAGGAGCGGCAACAGCAACAACAACAACAACAACAGCAACAGCAGCAACAACAACAACAACAGCAACAGCAACAGCAGGAGCAGCUACAGGAGCGGCAACGGCAACAACAACAACAACAACAGCUACAGCAGAUGCAGUUGAAUGACAGAGCCACCCUCUCACAAAUACAAACAAGUGGUAUGCCAGGUGCAUUUUUGAAUGGCCAGGACAAUAUGGAAGUAGAUGAAUCCCCGCCGUUUACAAUUGAGCUGGACUUAUAUUUUGAUCAGGCUUUGGAUAACAACUCACUCAUAACGAGUAAUCCCUUGAACAAUCAAGAAUCGGAUUCACUUUUCAAAAACCGGUUAUCUGUGUUUAGUCAUAAUACAAGCUAUAGCGGCCAUCCCAAUAGUAUAAUGAGGAGUCCAACGCAAGCACAAGAAACAAACUUUACACCUUUUGAGUCUAGUCCGAAAGUAUCAUCUAGUCACAAUAUCUCAAAUGCAGUAGCUGCGGCCGCCGCCCAAGAAGACCGUUCCGCGGGCCACAAUGGACGAACAUAUUUUGAUACAGAAAGUCAGCAAUUGAUGGGGAGACUCCGAAAUGGGUCCAUCGAUUCCUACUAUGCGGCAAAUGUCAUAAAUCUGCAUGCUCAAUUUCAGCAGCAGCAGCAGCAGCAACAACAACAACAUCAACAUCAUCACCAACAGCAACAACAACAACAUUCUCAUCUGAAUUUUCAAAACAAAUCUGCACUUCAUGAGUUAUCUCCUCUUACUACCACCACUUCGAAUUCACACUCUAUUUCAUCUAUACACUCAGCGCAAGCAUCAUUCUUUUCAGCACAACAAUACCUACCGGGAAACUCCAUAGAUCAACAGCAAUCUUCUUCUUUAAACCGUCAGUCACUGGAUGCAUAUGGCAUUUCAUCAGUAGAUAGUCCACAAUCCCAACAACAACAACAGAGAAAUGCACGUUAUUUAAGUUUCACAAACUCGAUAUCGAAUAUGAUUCCCUUUAUGGGUGACAAAAACCAACAGAGAUCACCACCUGGUGUGCAAAACCCAUCACCGCAAUCGCCUUUUAAAGGGAAUAGUACUUUGGCGCCACAAUCGAGACAUUUGAUCAGGUCUAUUUUCAAGUCUAGUAAUGCUCCACCCACUGUAUCGAGUCCCAUCGAGGAUAACACUAUGAAGGUUGAUGAUAAUUUGGACGCUAUGGUGGAUGACCAAACAAAUAGCUAUUUUAAUGUUAUAUCUGAAAACACUACAAUGAGCCCGAUGAAGGAGGAAAAUGAGCUUGGAGUUGAGAUGAAUCUUUCUGUUAAAAAGACAAAAGCUCCCAAGAGAGGAUUGUUUACAAGAUUCAAAAGUACUUCUGUUAAGCAAGAAGAUGAAAAACCCCUAUUAGAAGGGAUGACUGACUGUCAAGAGGACAUUGAUACUUUAGACCAUAUUGGUCCUGGGUCUAAUCCGGCAUCAAGUGGCACGCCAUCUAUAAUGACUGGAGGACCUAUUGACUUAUUGGAGCACUCGACAUCGGAGUCCUCACAGACCAAUAUAGAACCAGAUUAUGCAGCUUUGUUUGAAAAUGUUGGAAAAAGAAAACCCACAACUGCAAAUUAUCGAAGGCCAAAAAACAAGGAAAAAACCAAAACCAAAGACGAGGCUCAACAACAAGGUAGUGGUGGUGGUGGUGGUGGUGGUGGUGGUGGUACAUCAAUAUUUUUUGGAAGUAAGAAACAAGCUAAACAACCGGCUAGUAGCAAUAACUCUCUUGCAGAUAAUUCAAGUGGGAACAAUGUCAGUAUAUCUUCAUCCAAUGGAUCUUCUUCAUUAGUGCAGAAAAGCACCCUGAACGAUGUCGAUGAACAAACUUCUUCUGCAAGCUUGCAAACACCUAGCAGUUCUGCUUUGGCAAAUGCAUCCAAGAGAAUUUUAGGUUCCAAGAUUAUGCUGAAGAAUAGCACCAAAAAAUCUAGUUCAAAAAUCAUAAAGAAGAGCAAGGAGCCGAUAUUUGAAGAAACUCCAAUAAUUGCAUCUUUAGAUACACCAGUUGCUACUAUGAUAUCUGAAGGCGUCGAAGUUCAAGUUGACCUUGCAUCAUUGGAUCUACCACCAGACACAAAGAUUUUCCCCACCUCAAUUAUCAAUUCUAAGAAUCGUACUAGAGGAAGAAAAGAGAAUAAGGAAGCUGAUUUGCAUGAUGAAAGUAAGAUUUAUCUUUGUAAUUAUUGUUCAAGACGAUUCAAAAGACAUGAGCAUUUAAAAAGGCAUUUCCGGUCAUUGCAUACUUUUGAGAAACCAUACGAUUGCACGAUAUGUAAUAAAAAGUUUAGUAGGUCGGAUAAUUUGAACCAGCAUUUGAAAAUACACAAAUUGGAAGAAGAAGAGGCAGCAGCAGCAGCAGCCGCAGCCGCAGCCGCAGCGGGAAUAGCAACAACAGCAAUACCUGCUGGUGGUGCUGUUGCAAGUGUUGACAUAGAUGCCGUUACAACUACUACUCAACCAAGAGCAGUUGAUAUUAUGUCAAGUAUUAAUGAGAAUUCCUAA